AUGUCUACUAAGCAGUCAUCUGGUCAGCAAGAACAACUACCUGUAAGGAUUAAAGGCAGUUCAAAUUGUCCACACCACAAACAAAAGGAGAUCAUUUUUAUUUGUAAUGAUUGUGAUGAAGAACUUAUUUGUGCCACAUGCUGCGUUACAUCCCACAAAUCUCAUGAACUUGUGGAACUCUCUAGUGUGAGAAGUCAGAAAAACAGUAUGCUACAAGAAUUCAUUAAUAACACAGAAAAACAUGCUCUACCUCAAUUGAAAAUGGAGGUCCAAGCAACCCAAAAGGAAAUGACAGAAAACAGCCUUCACUUCUGUGGGCUUCGUUCCAAAGUGACAGACGAGGGGAAAAGGUGUAAACAAGAAAUUGAUGACUUGAUCACAGAAAAUAUCAAAAUUUGUGACAAGAUUGAAAUUCUGAACCAGAAUUUGCUCAAAGACCAUAUCACUCAACUGCUGAACCAGAUAUCCUCUCUGGAGAGUCUUCUGAAUGAAUGUAAACAAACACUUCAGAUGGGAACAGCUGUUCUUGUACAUGACAUGGUAUUGGAUGUCCAAAAUCUGGAUUCCAAGAUCCCAAGUUUGCCUAAACAACAAUGGCCAGAAUUUCAUUCAUGUCAAGACACACUCGACAAGUUGAAACAAGUUGUUGGCACUAUUUCUAUAAAUCAACCCCCAAAGGAAAAAUUUAUAAAAAUCAAACUGCGAAGGGAACCAGAAGUACAAUUACGAUUUGAAUUUCGACAUCACAUCACUACAAUCUGCCCCACACAGAACAGUCAAGCCUGGAUCUGUCAUUUUGAAAGCAACUCACUAGAGCUUAUUGACAUCAAAGGACAGAUACAAAAGGUAAUCAAAUGCCAACAUCAAAUCCGAGACAUCAACAUAUCAACAAAAACAGGACACAUUUGGUUUUGCUGUCGAGAAGAAAAAAUAGUCUGUGAAGUGUCUUCAUUGUCAAAAGCACCAGCCAUCAAAUUCAGAACAAAUGACCCACCAUACAGUAUCUGUGUGACUAAAGAAGGUUUCGUUAUAUUGGGAACUGAAAACAAAGUAAGUAUUUACACAGAAAAUGGUGUAAUACUACAUUCCAGCACACGCCAGACCUCUGGGAUUGCUUCACCAGGGAAGAUAACCCAAUGUCCCCUGACUGGCAACAUUGCUGUACUGAGUGCGGAAGUUCUGAAAAGAGAUGAUUCAGAUGAAGAUGAUUGGAAAGGACAAAUCAUCAUCUACAACAAAAGGUUACAAGUGAAAUCAAAGUUCAAAGGAGAUAAAAUUCAGACAACAGGAGCUGUGAGAGAGGAAACAUUUGGCCCAGGAUCUAUAGCCUAUGACAGAAAUGGGAAUCUGGUUGUGGCCGACAUGAAAAGAAAUACAAUUGAACUGAUAAGUGGAUUAGGACAGCACAUCAAAACCUUGUGUUGUAACACUCAGGGUCAGGGAGCGUUAGGACUCGAGGAUGGCCAAGUACUCUGGACAACGUCUGAACCAUCACCAGGAAAGUGGGAAAUACAGGUCCUUAAAUACUACUCUGUCUGA